CACAGCUGCGGUCUAUGGUCCCACAGCAGUGAAGCAGGGCGUCUCUGCUCUCUCAUUUACACACUUUUUCUUCUAUUAAAACAGUGUUUUAAACAUUUGGACCGACGCUAACGGCUCCGUUUUAAAUGUUCGCUUUCAUGGAUUUCACCGGCUGAUCUCGUUAGAGCCCAGCUGAUCCUGAUAACAGACCACUUCCGGUUGGGGUAUGAACGCUGAGAUGAGCUUCACUUAAGGUCCAGUUUCUCUACCAACAGAGAGAGAGAGAGAGAGAGACACAGAUAGACAGACAGGUAGAGAGUGAGACGUAGAUCAGCAGAGUAGAGACAGACAGACAGACACAGAGACAGACAGACAGGUAGAGAGUGAGACAGCCAGAGGGGUCCAGAUGGGGAACAGCGCCCUGAAGUCUCACCUGGAAACCUCCCAGAAGACCGGUGUGUUCCAGCUGACAGCGAAGGGUCUGCAGGAGUUCCCAGAGGAGCUGCAGAGACUCACCAGCAACCUGCGGACGGUCGAUCUGUCGGGGAACAAGAUCGAGGUCCUUCCUCCCGCCAUCGGAAACUUCCUGCAGCUCAAGAGUCUGACGCUCAACUCCAACAGACUCACCGGUCUCCCCGAUGAGAUCGGGAAGCUGAAGAAGCUGGAGACUCUGAGUCUGAACGGGAACCGGAUCCAGCAGCUGCCGCCGACUCUGGGCCAGCUCAAAGCGCUGCGGACCCUCAACCUGUCGGGGAACCAGAUCCUGGAGUUCCCCCCCGGACUGGGAACCCUGAGACACCUGGACUUGCUGGACCUGUCCCGCAACCAGAUCAGGAACGUCCCGGCGGCCGUGUCGGAGCUGCAGACCAUCGAGCUCAACCUCAACCAGAACCAGAUCUCGGCGCUGUCGGCGGAGGUGUCCCGCUGUCCCCGUCUGAAGGUCCUCCGUCUGGAGGAGAACUGUCUGGAGCUGUCGUCCAUCCCGACGUCCGUCCUCAGCGACUCGCAGGUGUCUCUGUUCUCCGUGGAGGGAAACCUGUUCGAGGUGAAGAACCUGCGAGACCUGGAGGGCUACGACAAGUACAUGGAGCGCUUCACGGCCACCAAGAAGAAGUUCGCCUGAAGACGCUCGAUGAGCCUCGGAGACGAGACGCCAACGCUGCCGCUGCUUCUUCUUCUUUGGCUGCUAAAAACAGACUUCACACAGCCGUAAACAACCCCUAACACUCCUCCUCCCUGGCUGCUGCUGGACAGAGAGACAGACAGGCAGACAGACAGACAGACAGCCACAGAGAGUGACUGAUUGACAGACAGAGACACACAGACAGAGGGACAAACAAACAAACAGACAGACAGACAGACAGACAGACAG